ACAGUUUAGGCAGUGGGAAGCUGCUCGCAGGCAGCGCUUCAACAAGGGCCUGGAUAAGUUGCGUCUGGUGCUGCCCGAUUGCGAUCCCAAGACGAAGGUGGAGAUCAUUCACUCGGCCAUCGAAUACAUCCAGGAGAGCAAGGCGUUUAAGGAGAACGUGCUCGCGGGAAACGAAGCACAAGAGCUGAAGCGUGUCAUUCGGAGGUUAAGAAAGCAAGUGGAAAUCUUAAGGCAGAGGAAUGCCAUCCUAGUUAAGCUGUUGCAAGAAACGGGACUUCGCAUUGAGUCAGAUGCGUCAGGUAGAGAGAUUAUUUACACCACUCCUGGUACCUGUGUUCAGAGUAACUGCUCAAAUGCUUCAUGCAAGAAAGUGACCUGUGGGACCCGCAUACCCGUCUUGCUGGGUGACUUGUCUUCGGAGUGUAUUGAUGACUCACUGGAAGAAGAUGAUGCCGUAAAUUCCGUUGAUUUACAACCUAGAGAUCCAACCGAAAAGCUAGCAACUGUAAGUAGUAUCAGGACACAACAGCCAGUUUUUACAGAGCAAGGUACAGAGACACAAGAGAAUACAGAUGUCAGCGAUUCUCCAGAGGACAGCGGGAACAAGCAGGAAGGGAAGCAGCCGCCAGUUGAAAAUUCUCCAGAAAAUGCAUCCGAGGCCAGUCUUCCAGCAAGGGAUUCCUCCGACUACCAAGAUGAAGAUGUGGGUGUGUCAGUCCCUGCUGUCAGUGAUGAGGGAACAGCCCAAGCACUUGUGCCUCAGCAGGAGAGUGAGAGUGAAAGUCCCAGAAUUGCAUCUCAGUCAGAGAAUGCAGGGCCUGUAAGUGCCUUGUCACAUAAUUUUGUAAGUGCGCAGCUGACCAGUCUGUCUAUUGAAAGUGAAAAUGAACAUAUAUCUGUGUUGCCUCAGAACUGUGCAAGUGACUUGAAGUGUGAAAAGACAAAGGAAAAGAUACUUGUUGAAGAAGUCAGUAAGAAUGGGACAAUAACUGUGAGCAUUAUAGAGGAGGAAGGAACACAAACAGAGGAAGCCAGCAAUAAUGGGUCCAGUAAAUUAUCAAACAGGAAGCUGGAUGGUGAGGGAUCAGAUAAGACAAUGGGUACAGCAAAGGAGCUGUCCUUAGCAUCUUCUGAAACCUGCUUGGUUGUACAGGACAUGCAACAUGUUACAGUCCAUCCUGAAAUUCAGCCCCAGUCAAUUCCAGCUACACAGUCCGUUCCCGUGUCAGCAUCAAAUUUUUAUGGAAACCCAACGCAGAUGGUCACUAUUCAGGUUCAUGGGGGAGAGAAAGUACAAAACAAGGGUCAGAAAGUUGUCCUGCUGCAGUGUGGGAAUUCUGCUCCGGGUACAUUCCAGCUUGUCCCUCCAAUAGCUGAUAAUUCCCAGCUCACUUAUGUGACCCCUUCUCUCUCAGGGGUCCCUAUCAUGUCUACAGGUGUUCCCCCCUCAAUCCUGCAGACAGGGAAUCUUGUGAAGGUAGUCAAUUCACCUCCAGUUCUCCUCCUUCCUCCACAACCCAUGAUUUCUUCCCUGCCACAUGCUACUAAAUUAAAACCAAUUGCACCCAAACCUUGCUCUUGCAAGCCCAUUGCAUCCUCACAGACAAAGGAUGUUUCAGGUGGCAUUAUAGCAUCACUUCCCAAAAAUCAAGGACAAGUUUCACCUGUCAAGAGAGAUCCUCACACCCCCUCCAAGGCAUCUGCCAAAGUGAAACGUCCUCUUUCUUUAGAGAGGAACAAUGGCAAGGCAGCUAAGCGUAGUAAAGGGGAGUUUUCUGCAGAUUUGCCAACCAUAUCAAAGGUUCCUGCAGACAUUCAGUCUUUACAGUCAUCUAGUCUUAAUACAAAGACCGUAACUGUAAACCAGGUAGAGCUUGCCAGUGAAGAUGGUGAAGACUUGCAGGAGAUUUCAACGACCACCUUAACAGGUCUUGUUCAUUCAGCUGGUAUCAUGGACUGUGUGGGAGAGGAUGCCUUGGGGAACAUCAUGGAUAUUCCCGUUGAUAUGCCUUGUGUCAUGACAGAAAAUAUAAGAACCUCAGGGAUAGAGCCUAGCAAUCCCACAGAUGACCGCCUGGUAGAGAUGUUACGCUCAAUUGAUGAGAGUGAUCCACGCGCAUGUGAGUUUUCUCCUCCAUCCUCGCCUGUCAGUGGCACCAACCCAUUGGUUGAGCAGGGCAAAGGUCCAGAGGCGCAGGAUGAAACUGUUGAAGUUAGUACAGGAGAUGCUGAAAAUAAUAAGAUCUGUGAGGAAAAUCAAGCAAUAACUGCUAAGGGAAAUGAACCAAGCUCAGUAACUUUAGAAAAUCAGCAAGAUGUUGGAGCUGAAGAUGAAGAGUGCUCAGUGCCAACUAGUUCUUGCACAUCAGCAGAAAGUUCUGUUACUAGUAACUCCUAUAGUAUCACAGCUUUAUGCUUGUCAUCCAGGCCUCUGAAAGAACAGUCUUUAGUAAAAGAUUUUGGUAAAGCAUCUGUUUCGUCUUCAGCUCCAACUGUUCAGUCCUCAGAUGUUGAGUCAGUAGCUCAGAAGACUCCAGUGACUGUGUCUGCUGAAACCACAGAUCAUACCAGAGUCUCUACUCCACUAGUGCUUCCUAGCACAUCUGGCGAAUACUACCUAUCCAAAACACCUUUACCUUCACGUGAACACCUUCCAAAGGCUUCUUCUGCUCCUACCGUAUGUCAGUUGCCAUUACCGCCAGCAGCUGCCCUUCCUCCUCCAAACAUUUUCCUCAGAAACCCCUCUGUUCUUCCUUCUUCUUCUCAUUCCUUGUCUCUGCCACUUCCUCCCCUUCCACUGCCCCCUCUCCCUCCGCUCACAACAGAGCACCAUUCAGCUACACUCCUCUCCUCCCCAUCAGUUUCAUAUUCCAAUAUCAGUAUACCAGUAACCUCUACAUCUAGUUUGACAGUGUCCAACAUGGCCACGAGUUCAGUGACAUUUACUAAAACUUCAUUAAGUGAUCCAGUAUCCCCAGCUGUGAUCUCCCUACCUAAUUUAUUUACAGCUCCUUCAACAACUAUUUCACUUUCAAAUUAUCAUAUGCCAUCUCAGUCCCCAUCUUUUUCAUUUUCUCUGACAAUGCCUUCAUCGUCAUCUUGGACCUCGGUGACAAAUAAUGCAGCAUCAGCGAGUAGCAACACCAGUAGUACCUCAACACCAACAGUAUCUUCUCUAUUUCCUUCUUCCUUAUUACAUUCAUUAUCUACCAGUGACACAUACAACUCAGGAGACAUGUUGGUAAUAUCUAAGGACUCGUCCAAAGACCUACAAGCAUCUGUUGCAUCAUCAACUGUGCAGUCACAUGGUUCAGAUACUGUGGAUGCUACUUCAGGUGCACAUGAAAGUAAGGAACAAAGAACAGUGCAUGUUACCUCAUCAUCCACCUUAAUAUCUUCAACUUUGUCCACCUCUGUCACAGAUGUCAUUCUAACUCCAAGUUCUACUACUCCUGUAGUGAAUGUUUCUUUACCAGAGUCUCUAGUAAUGCCAACUAGCCAAUCAACCAUAGUGCAGUCACCUGCAUUUAGCUUAAUGUCCAGUUUAUCUUCUGUACCACAACUUAUUACAACUACAGCAACAAAAUCUUCUGUAGUAAGUACCUCUCAUUCAUCAUCCAUAUCAAAUGUAGAGACUGAUUUUGUCUCUGCAUCCAGUCAACCAUUUUCAACUGUGAUAACUAGUAAGCAUCCUGUUGAAUCUAUAAAGAAUCAGUCUUCAAACAUAACAUUAGGAAAAGAACAUUGUAUUGGCCCUCCCUUGUUUUUAUCAUCUACUCCUUCAGCUACUGCUAGUAAGCUAGAUCUGUCUCUCCCACACCCAUUAAGGCUGUUAUCAUCUACUCAUACCAGCAUACCGUCUACCACCAAUGGCCCUCUUGAUAACGUUUCCCUUCCUGUUACCCUGUUCACUUCCAACUCUUAUAAGAGAAACAGCAGUAUUACGCAAAGCCCUCCAAUUUUAUCUCAUUCUCCACUCUCUCACUUGCCUGCAGUCUCCUCCCUUGCACAAACGGCCAUGCCUCCAUCUACAACUGGCAGCAUAUUUAGCACCAGUGGGACACAAACUCUUUUCCCAUCAAAGCUGAUUCUCCUUGCAGAAAAUGAGGACACGAAUGCUCAUCUGUCUAAACCCUCAACAAGUGAGCAACUGUUAUGUAAGGAUUCUAAUUCAGAGAUACCAGCAGUAUCAGGAAACAUAGAAGGCAUAAGUUCCGUAUCUUUAAUGGAUCUGACCUUACCCACAAGUCAGGAAGAUGUGCAGGUUUCAGUCCACUCAAAAGUAAAAUCGGCAGAGACUGAAAAGCCUCAUAGAAAUGAUCAGAACUUUUCUUUAAAGACUGUGAACUCAAACCCUGCUUCAUCAGUACCCUCCACCACAACAACAACCUCUGAGGUUGAGAAAAUGCAAAAGUCAAGCCAGCCAAAACAAGCACCAACAGCUGACUUCCCAGUGAAUAACAACAACAAAAUUAGUCCUGUUGACCUUACUCCACUUUCUGCUGCUGCAACCUCUCAGCCUGUACCUGCAGUUUCAACCACUCAACCAAUUUCUUCUGAUACAACCUCCGUACCAGUAGCAUCGCAGACCCCCAUUCAAAGUCAGAGUUUGUCUGCACAUGCUAAUGAACCUCGGCCCAAAGCGAGUGACAAAUCACAAAGAAUAAGUGAUGACACUGCAGUUUCUCAGCACCACCAUCAUAAAUUGAGUGCUAUAUCUGCUUCUUCCUCUUCAUCAGUACCUAGAGUGAGCAAGCCAAGUUCAACAAGAGACCAUAGAGAGGGACAUGAGGGCACAGCGACACAGAUGCCUGGUGCACAUAAAAUAGUUCAAGACAGAGACAAAAUACCUUGUGUUUCAGUUCAAGAAAUAGAAGAAAGACCUCAGUUAAAAUCCAAGUCUGAGGAUAAAUCUGACGGUGGAGUGUCCAGAUUAUCAGACUCUCAACAGUACAUAUGUAUUGAAGUAAGCAAAUGUAGUGAUAAUGUACGACAAAUGGAAAAUGAUAGACAGUCAGAACACGCACCGACAAGGGAGCAGAGUAGCAAGAAAGCUAGUGUAUCGGCAAUGAGUCUCAUACACAUCGGUCGACAGGAAAAGCAACAGCACACUUCUUCACAUUUAGUCGACAUCUCCCAUUCCCGACCAGUAGCCACUCAGGAGGCACCACUCAAUCGCUCUGCAGAUACUCUCACGGUUCCCUCUUCUUUAGUUCCCCCUUCCCUCCCUUCUUCUUCCUCUAUCCACAGAGUGACACACCACCAGUCAUCCACCAAAGAUCAGCAACAGAGUCCUCAGAUAUCCAGUAAUGGUGUGCACAACUCUCAAAGGAAAACAGAUCAUAUCGUCACCAGUCCCCAGCCUGAAAAAUUGGUCCAGCAAGUUCAGCACAUGCCCACACCUAAGUCUCACCCAGCUCAGCAACUCAUCCAAGGAGGCCAUUGGGAUGCAGAGAUCACCAGCCAGUGUGCAUGCGGUCCCAUCACAGCCCCAUUCGCAGCAGCAUCAACAGCAGCAGUCGCUUGCAAAGUACCAGUCCAGUCAGAAACAGGGACAGCAGCCCCAGCCUCCGCCUCAGCAGCAACAAGCCAAUCCUUCAUCGGCUACGAAUAAUACUCAGCAGCAGCAUUCCCAGCGACAGCAGCAUCAGCACCAAGCUCACCACCCUUCGCAACAGCACACAGCUACUAACUUAAAUCAGCCACACCUCAAUCAGGCAGCCUUACAAAAGCACCAGCAGUCACAAACACAGCAUCUCACACAGCAGCAACAACACCAACAACAGCAGAAUUCUAUAGUUCAACAGCAGGUGCCUGGACAUUCAUUACUGGGCCACAACACCAACAUUGUGGCUGGUGUUGCAGGGGCCGUCGUAGGCGAUGUCAGCGAUGUCCUAGGGGACAAGGGUACCCCAGGCCAGGUCCCAGGUGCAGCCAUGCAGGCCAGCCAUCAGCCUGGAAUGGUUACCAUGCCAUAUCAUCCCCCAAUGGUCACAGCACCAAGCUACAUGCAGCCUCCUACCUAUGACUAUAAUGCCUAUUGUCGGAAGGCCCCACACUCACCUCGUUCAGAAGGCCGGCACCAGUGCUACGGCUAUGGCAAGCAGCACCAAUAUCAGCAUGGGGAUCUCCUUCCUCCAGAUGCCACGAUGAUGCCUGACCCAAGACUGGCUCACAAUCCACCCAUGCCCAUGACUGGGCCUUUCCUGGAAACAACCGAAGAGCCGCCUCCCAUGCGCCCGGAACCGGCAUCGGAACAUGUUAGGUAUUUCUCUGUGAGUCAUUUAGUCAGUCAUUCAAAUGAGCCAAGAAAAGCAUCCAUAAGUGGUCAGCAGAAAGAUGGAUCAGCAUCCCACACGGAGGACAAAUCCAAGGACUCGACAAGGACGAAAUCAGGCAGCAGGAAGUCUGAGAGUAAGUCCCGAGGGGCAGGAGGAACCAAGAGUAGUUCUCAAGGUGACUCUCAUUCCAGGAGAAGGAGCCCAGCAAGAGGGUCUCAACAAGGGAAUAGUGGUUCAGUGGCUCCUGCAAUGUGGAGCAACAAAUCCUCCACUGUGCACAAACAGGGACAUAACUAUUCAGCAGAAGCUCUCUUAAGCACUCAAAAUUAUGGCAGGCCAACGCACAGGCCACCUGCAAACCAAAAUUACCCAAUCAUGGCUCCUAAUCAGAUGUACCAAAGCAAUUAUUCCCCACAGCAGAUGAAGAAUUUUGUUCCCAAUACCUCUUUUGGAUAUACAAGCCACGAUCGGAGUGGUCAGAGUGGUUGCAACCCAGAUUACAACUUCCAGUUGCAUACCCAGGCUUCAGGUUCCUUAGCAUAUGGAAGCAAUAUGGCAUACAUGCCUACAGGAUACCCGUAUCAAAAUUUACCUCCCUCAUCAUCCUCUAUGUUGUCUGGUGAUAUCAUGGCACCACCGCACCCAGCAGGCCCUUAUCCUCGCUUCCAUGAGUUCCCAACAGACCAAAGCAACUUUCCACCAAACCCAACAUUUCCAUUACCUCUUGAUCCCCAAGAUGUGUGCAGUGGAGGAGGGCUCAUGGGAGCAGCUAGUAGUGCAAUGGCUGUGCGAGCACCUCACUCUGACAUGCAGCUUGUACCCUCCUCAUCAGUUUCUUCUACAGUGGCGUAUUCAAGAUCCAAUUCAAAUCGAAGCAGUGGGAACAUAGGAGUGAGUUCAAGUGUUGGAGGUAGUAUCAGUAGUAGUAACCACACGAUAGGAAGCAGUACUGGAGUGAGCACUAAGAGACCUCGCUAUGGAGAAUCCAACAUGGUGAGUAGUGGGAUGGGAGGAUCUGCAAAUCUCUUGGAAGGUGGGGCACUGGCUCACAUUCCUCUUCAUUCCUUUACACCUCCUUGUGAUGAUCCAACAUUGGUUCAUUCAAAUUUGUUCCCAGGGACUGCACCCAGGCACCAGAGCAAUUUCCUCUUGGGUCCUGAUAACCUCAUGCCAAUCAAUACCGCUCAGUACCCAGGGACUAGUAGUGGCACAGGGUCAGGAGGGACAGGUCAACUGGGGGCAGGUGGAGUGGCAGGUCCCCCAGGCACCCGUGCAGGUUCAUCUGUUGUGCUGCCACCUGGUGCACCACCAGGGCAUGUUCCCUUCAGCCCCUUGCGCGUGAUGGACAGACAGCAGGUCAACAUGGCGCCUCCCACAGCUCCACACCUUUCCUCGUCAUUGUCAAACUUCAAUCUGACAAGCAUCAUCCCAGAGAUUGAUGGAAAGGGAGGAGAAAACAAUGGAGGAAUGGGUUCUACAUCUCGUGGAACUGCCAUAGGUAACAAUGAAGUUCUUGGUGCGGCUAUCCCAGGCCAAGCACGGUUGCCUCCAAUGCCCUCUUCUCUGUUGCCUCCAGCAGAACCUCUCAAGGGGUUACCAACUGAUGCAAACAGACUCCCUCCUCCAGUUCUGAACAAUUCCAUGAACAACAUAUUCACACACACCCCACAUCAUCAGGUUGGACUUGGCCUGAACAGUUCUUUGCCUCUGCCUCCAACAACUUUCUCUGGCAUCAACUUCCCGACACCCGACCACUAACCGACAUUAUAACGACAGCAAUAGACAAACUGGUACGUUAGUAUUCCUUUGAAUAAAGUGCCAAGGUGAUUCAGGAGUGAGCUUUGUAAAUGUGUAUGUAGAUGUGGAUAUAUGAUAGAUAUAUAGGAACAUUUAAUCAAUGUUGUUUAAAGGAGAGUAGGCAGACAAGACAGGAAAUUAUAAAUGUAAUGAUUUCUCUUCAAAAAAAAAAAAAAAAUUGAAGUGGACU